AUGAAUGUCGAUUUACUAAAGCAUUUUAAGCUUAACAACAUUAUAAAUUAUCUCAACAAUGUAAUUCAGAACUUAAACAAAACGUUUGGAGAAAAAGCUUCCGAUACUGUUGACAAUGUCACACCAUUAAUCGAGCUUCUUGGAGAAGAAAUAAAUUCUGAUUCAAAUUUCGAAUAUUCGGGCAUUUCACAUAUUAAACAGAGUUUGUUAAGUAUCAACUGGCACAUUAUCAAAGCUUUUUAUGCUAAAAUCAACGACUCAGAUCCAAAGUACUUCUUAGAAGAACCAAUCUUUUCUUGUACCACCAAAGACAAUCAAGUCUCAGAAUACAUUAACAAAUUCUAUAUUUACUUACGUAACAGCUACGAUAUUAUUGAUACGAUAAUUAAAGAAACGAGAGAAGUUGUCCCAAUAACGAAAAAUUACACUAUUAAAUAUCAAGACAUCAUCCGAUCAGAUCUAUUUACAAUGUCUCUUGAAGAACUUACUGCAGACAGAACCAGUUAUGAUGAUGAAAAGAAGAGAUUAGCUGAAGAAGCAGAAAGAAAGAGAAAAGAACAAGAAGCAGAAGCAGAAAGAAAGAGAAUUGAACAAGAAGCAGAAGCAGAAAGAAAGAGAAUUGAACAAGAAGCAGAAGCAGAAAGAAAGAGAUUAGAAGAAGAAGAAAGAAAGAGAAAAGAACAAGAAGCAGAAGAAGAAAGAAAGAGAAAAGAACAAGAAGCAGAAGAAGAAGAAAGAAAGAGAAAAGAACAAGAAGCAGAAGAAGAAAGAAAGAGAAAAGAACAAGAAGCAGAAGAAGAAGAAGAAAGAAAGAGAAAAGAACAAGAAGCAGAAGAAGAAGAAGAAAGAAAGAGAAAAGAGCAAGAAGCAGAAGAAGAAAGAAAGAGAAAAGAGCAAGAAGCAGAAGAAGAAAGAAAGAGAAAAGAGCAAGAAGCAGAAGAAGAAAGAAAGAGAAAAGAGCAAGAAGCAGAAGAAGAAAGAAAGAGAAAAGAACAAGAAGCAGAAGCAGAAGAAGAAGAAAGAAAGAGAAAAGAACAAGAAGCAGAAGCAGAAGAAGAAAGAAAGAGAAAAGAACAAGAAGCAGAAGCAGAAGAAGAAGAAAGAAAGAGAAAAGAACAAGAAGCAGAAGCAGAAGAAGAAGAAAGAAAGAGAAAAGAACAAGAAGCAGAAGCAGAAGAAGAAGAAAGAAAGAGAAAAGAACAAGAAGCAGAAGAAGAAAGAAAGAGAAAAGAGCAAGAAGAAGAGGAGAGAAUACGUAAACAAAGAGAGGAGGAAAGAAAGGAAGCUUUGCAUCAGAAAGCAUUGGAGUUAAAGAGGAAAUUCAUUCUUAAAAAGAGAAUCGAAGAAAUCGCGAUUAGUAAAGUCAGUAAUAGCAAUGAAUACAAGAAAUUCAUUCAGAAACAGAACAAAAUUUAUGAACUUAUUGAACAGUCAAAUGCAUUGGCUAAACUUGCAGUUCAAGUAUCAAUGUUGACACAGGAACAGUACAGCCCAGAUUGUAGUGAUUUCCGUGCAUUCUUGGAUAAAUGCGUUGCAAAAAGCUUUGAGAAAAAGUAA